UAUGGAGUGGAUCUAUUUGGGAACCGGAGGGGUGGGGAUGGGAUGUGGGCUAUGCACCUGUUGAACGGGAUCGGCCGCGGGUUGUGACAGCUCUGCUGUGUGUGAGUGGGUGUCCGGGGAAUCUCUCUCUCCCUCUCUCUCUCCCUGUCCUAAACCUUCGCCGGGCUGUAGUGAGAGGCGCGCUGGAGCCUGCAGCCUGAGCGCAGCGGCGCCGGGCACCACCUAACCUCGGGAAGCGCCAAGGACACAGACACACCGAUGGCAGAAGGUCCCAGGGACGAGGCGGCGGCAGCAGCGGUCGGAGACGAGUUUAACGAGAUUAUAAAAACUCGGACGGAUGAAAGAGAAGAUGUUCAAAAGAAAACAUUCACAAAAUGGAUAAAUGCACAGCUUGUCAAGGCUGGGAAACCUUUAAUUGAAGAUCUAUUCACUGACCUGUGUGAUGGAAGGCGGCUUCUGGAACUUUUGGAGGGUCUUGUUGGCCAUGAUCUAGCUAAAGAAAAGGGAUCUACAAGGGUUCAUGCUCUGAACAAUGUGAACCGAGCGUUGCAGAUUUUGCAGAAGCAAAAUGUGGAUCUGGUAAAUAUCGGAGGAAGUGAUAUAGUGGAUGGGAAUCAUAAACUUACCCUGGGAUUAAUCUGGAGCAUCAUCCUCCACUGGCAGGUGAAAGAUGUUAUGAAAGGCAUCAUGGCUAAUCUGCAGCAGACAAACAGCGAGAAGAUCCUGCUGAGCUGGGUGCGUCAAUCCAUCCGCAACUACAAACCAGUCAACGUCGUCAACUUUACCUCCAGCUGGUCAGACGGCUUUGCUCUGAAUGCCCUCAUUCACAGUCACAGGCCUGACCUCUUUGAUUGGAAGGACGUUGCAAAACUACAGUCAGCAAACGAGAGACUGGAUCAUGCCUUCACUGUGGCCAAACAGCAUCUUGGGAUUGCAAAGCUGCUGGAUCCUGAAGACGUUUCAACUGCACAUCCAGACAAGAAAUCCAUCAUUAUGUACAUCACGUCGCUCUUCCAGGUUCUGCCACAGCAAGUAACUAUUGAAGCCAUCCAGGAGGUUGAAACCCUGCCACGACAGCCAAAAGUUACUCAGGAAGAACAGAGAGAGAGGCUGCAAAAACAGCAUUUCUCCCAGCAGGUCACGGUCUGUGUCACACAAGGCCACGUGUGCACUCCUUCACCUUCUAAGCGCUACAAAAGCUAUGCCUACACGCACGCUGCUUACGUUAUGUCUCCUGACCAAAAAACGGACCUCCCUCAAAAGCUCAUGGAAUCCUCUGUAGAGAAGCCAAUUGGAAGCCCAGCUGUGGAAACUGAAGUGGACUUGGACAGUUACCAGACUGCGUUGGAGGUGGUACUGACCUGGCUGCUCUCUGCCGAGGAUUCUCUGCAAGCACAGGGUGCAGUCUCGGAUGAUGUGGAGGAAGUCAAAGAACAGUUUCAUUCCCAUGAAGGCUUUAUGAUGGAGCUAACCUCCCAUCAGGGCAGUGUGGGUAAUAUUCUACAGGCUGGGAAUCAACUUAUUGAAGAGGGAAAACUGUCUGAAGAUGAAGAAAAUGAAAUUCGGGAGCAGAUGAACUUGCUAAAUUCCCGAUGGGAAACACUCAGGGUGGCCAGCAUGGAGAGACAAAGCAAAUUACACGAAGAGCUCAUGGAUCUUCAGCAGCAGCAGCUGAAACACUUAGCUGAUUGGUUAACAAAUACAGAGGACAGAAUCCACCAAAUGGAAGUGCAACCUCUUGGACCAGAUCUGGAAGCAUUAAAACAACAAGUGGAAGAACAUAAAGUGCUUCAAGAAGAUCUGGAGCAAGAACAAGUGCGAGUCAACUCGUUGACACACAUGGUAGUUGUAGUUGAUGAGAGCAAUGGAGAAAAUGCCACGGCUGCUCUGGAAGAAGAGCUACAGAUUCUCGGAGAGAGAUGGGCGGCCAUUUGUAAAUGGACUGAGGAACGCUGGGUACUACUGCAAGAGAUUCUUUUUAAAUGGGAAUAUUUCACGGAAGAACAGUGCUACUUUGAUGCAUGGUUGGCGGAGAAGGAGAAGACCGUGAGUAAAAUACAGACAUCUGGCUUUAGAGAUCAGAAUGAGAUGCUCACUAAUCUGAGGAAAUUGGCGGUUCUAAAAGAAGAGCUGCACCAGAAGCGACAGACAAUGGAUAAACUUUGUGCCCUCAGCCAGGAUCUUCUUGCGGCACUCCAAAAUAAGGUGGUGGCUCAGAAGGUUCGGACAAGGCUUGAGGAAUUUACUCAGCGUUGGGACGAUCUUGUUCAGAAGCUGGAGAGUAUGUCCAAGGAGAUUUCGCAGUCUGCCACUGUAUCUCAGACAUCGUUAAGGCAGACCACCGUAAUGGAAACUGUAACCAUGGUUACGACCAAAGAACAGAUUUUGGUGAAAUCUAAAGAAGAACUUCCUCCAGCCCCUCCUCCCAAGAAGAGGCAGAUACUUGUGGACUCUGAGCUCAGGAAGAGGUUUGAUGUUGAUACAACAGAGCUGCAUAGCUGGAUGACACGAUCAGAAGUUAUCCUUCAAAGCCCAGAGUUUGCAAUUUAUCGGAAAGAAGGAAGUAUCUCAGAUCUUCAGGAAAAAGUUAAUGCUAUUGAAAAAGAGAAACCUGAAAAAUCCAGAAAAUUGCAAGAUGCCAGCAGAUCGGCUCAGGCCCUGGUGGAACAGAUGGUGAAUGAGGGGAUUUCAUCCGCUGAUGAUAUUAAGCAGGCUUCAGAACAGCUCCAAAAACGCUGGGACGAAUUCUGCCAACUACUGCUAGAGCGGAUGGACUGGCUCCAGUAUCAGGAUAAGAUCAUCCACAUCUCUUCACAGCUUCAGCAGCUUAAGCAGGCCGUGACCGCUUCGGAGAACUGGCUAAAAGCACAGCAUUCACCAGCCAGCGAGUCCGACACAGCAAAAAUCCAGCUGGAGAAAUGCAAGGGGGAAAUCUCACGCCUAACAGCACUGCAGCCGUUGGUUCAGAAGCUGAGCGAACGAGGGGAGGAGUUAAAUCAGAAGGACGAGGUGCCCAAGUCUGUAGGGGCUGACAUUGCUGCCUCAACCAGUUACUAUGCACAGGUUCUUGCAGCACUGCAGAAUCAAGAAAAGUUACUGCAGUCUCUUCUGGAAAGUCUGCCUACUCUCCGUUACAAGGAAACAAUGAACACCCUGGUUCUAUGGAUCCAGCAAUCAGAAGCCAAGUUAACCCUCCCACGUGUGGCAGUGACAGAGUAUGAAAUUAUGGAGCAGCGACUCAAGGAUCUGAAAGUUUUACAAGGUUCAUUUCAGGAGCAGCAAAGUGGUCUGAAUUACCUCACCACGGCUGCAGAGGAGGUGUCGAAGAAAGCCCCAGUGGAGAUCAGCCAGAAAUACCGAACGGAGCUUGAAGCGAUUGUUGCCCGCUGGAAGAAACUGACCAUUCAUUUGAUGGACCAGAGCCAGAAACUUGAGGAACUGAUAACAAAGGUUCAACAGUUCCAGAAUGACACACAAACCUUGAGGAAAUGGAUGGCUGAGGUGGACAUUUUCUUGAAAGAAGAAUGGCCUGCACUAGGGGAUUCAGAAGCACUUGAGAAGCAACUUGAGCAAUGUACUGCUUUAGUGAAUGACAUCCAAACUAUCCAGCCCAGCUUAAAUGGUAUUAAUGAACUUGGGGAAACCUUGAAAAGCCAAGCUGAGCCUGAAUAUGUGAGCAAAUUACAGACUGAACUCGCUGAUCUGAAUGCGUGUUGGGAUGACAUUUGUAAACAGGCUUAUGCCAAAAAGAAUGCAUUAAAGGGUGGCCUUGAUAAGACCAUGAGUCUCAGGAAGGACUUGUCAGAGAUGCAGGAAUGGAUAGCACAAGCUGAGGAGGAGUAUUUGGAAAGAGACUUUGAAUACAAAACCCCCGAGGAGCUCAAAAAAGCUGUAGAAGAACUCAAGCGAGCCAAGGAAGAAGUUACACAAAAGGAGAUGAAGGUGAAGCUCCUGAGUGAUGCCGUUAACAAUUUCAUAACAAAGGCCCCUCCUGCAGCCCAUGAAGCUUUGAAGUCUGAGCUGGACAUGCUGACGGGCAAUUACCAACGGCUCUGUAGCAGGCUGAAUAGAAAGUGCAAGACUCUUGAGGAGGUGUGGUCAUGUUGGUGUGAAUUACUGUCUUAUCUGGAGGCAGAAAAUCUAUGGCUUGAUGAACUGGAGCUGAAACUCAAAGAAACAGAAAACCUACAGGGAGGUGCUGAAGAGAUCUCUGAGGCACUUGAUUCCCUGGAAAGCGUUAUGCGUCACCCUGAUGAUAAUCAAAAUCAAAUCCGUGAGCUGGCUCAGACACUGACUGAUGGGGAGAUUCUGGAUGAGCUGAUCAACGAAAAGUUGGAAACAUUCAACACUCGAUGGGAGGAACUGUUGCAACAGGCUGUAAGAAGACAGAAAGUCCUUGAGCAGAGCAUUCAAUCAGCGCAGGAGACGGACAAAACUCUUCGUUUAAUCCAAGAAUCUCUUGCAUUGAUUGACAAACAGCUGACGUCAUGCAUUACCGACAGAAUUGAUGCAGCUCAGGUUCCUCAGGAAGCACAGAAAAUCCAGUCUGAUUUGACUAGUCACGAGAUCAGUCUGGAGGAAAUGAAGAGAAGGAUCCAAGGUCCAGAUGCUGUUGGUCAGAGCAAGUCUGCUGGGAGAGUCCUGUCCCAAAUUGACAUAGCACAGAAAAAGCUGCAGGAUGUUUCCACCAAGUUCAGAUUGUUCCAGAAGCCUGCAAAUUUUGAGCAGCACCUGUUGGAGUGCAAAAGACUCCUGGAUGAGGUGAAAUCUGAACUACACCUCUUGGAGACGAGCAGUGUGGAGCCAGAAUAUGUUCAGAAUCAGCUGGAUCAUUGCAUGAAAUUAUAUAAGAGUCUGAGCGAAGUGAAAUCUGAUGUGGAAACGGUGAUUAAAACUGGACGUCAAGUUGUACAGAAACAGCAAACAGAGAAUCCGAAGGAACUGGAUGAGAGAGUAACUGCCCUGAAAAUGCAGUACAACGACCUUGGAUCUCAGGUAACUGAGGGAAAGCAAGAACUGGAGAAGACUCUGAAAUUUUCUCGGAAGCUCAGGAAAGAAGUGAAUGCUUUGACAGAGUGGCUGGCGGCCACGGAUGCAGAGUUAACAAGGCGAUCAGCAGUCGAAGGCAUGCCUACUAAUUUAGACUCUGAGGUUGCCUGGAGUAAGGGAACGCAGAAAGAUAUCGAGAAGCGACGGCUGCUACUGAACAGCAUCACGGAGACUGGGCAGAGUCUGAAGGCCAUGCAGGGCAAGAGUAACAACGUUGUAGACGACAAACUCAGUCUGUUAAACUGCAACUGGAUUGCAGUCACAUCACGGGCUGAAGAAUGGCUUAACCUUCUGCUGGAAUACCAGAAACAAAUGGAAAAUUUUGACCAGAGUGUCGCUCAUAUCACAACCUGGAUGUAUCGUGCUGAGAUCUUGUUGGAUGAGUCUGAAAAACAGCAAGUUGGACAGAAAGAGGAAGUUUUGAAGCGUCUGAAGACCGAACUCAAUGACAUGAGACUGAAGGUGGAUGCUGUGCGUGACCAGGCCUUGGAGCUGAUGACAAACCGUGGAGAUCACUGCAGGGAGGUGGUGGAACCCAAGCUGUCAGAACUUAAUCAGAGGUUUGACACCAUUGUGCACAGAAUCCAAACUGGCAAGCAGCCAAUUCAGGAGAGUGUAACUGGCAUCCCAGUGACAUUUGCAAUGGAUCUUGAGGAGCUGAAAAACCAGAAGAGUUUUCUCGCUGUGCAAGAAAAAGUGCAACAGCAGCUUAAGCUUCUGGAAGGACAGCAAACACCGAGUAAGGGAGUGAAAGAAGCCCACCGACCGACCACUUUAUCAAUCACUCCUUCAACUUCAACCUUUGGUUCCUCUCUGCAUCCCUCUCUUCCUGGGCCAUCGCUGGCAAGAAGUCAUCAGAUGUCAAAGGAAUUGGAACAGUUUGAUACAAAAAUCCAACACAUGCUGGAUACACUGGAAGAGGGAAUACAACAAGGGGAAAACCUGAAAGAAGGGGACUUUGAGAAAGAUACGUGUGAAGACGACGAGACGAGGAUGAAUGAACUGACGAGAAAGGCAGACACUUUGCAACAGGGUGUCACAGACGAGAGAAAGCGGGAAGAAAUUAGAAAGAAACAGCAGAUGCUGCAGGCUAAAUUUAAUAUUCUCAAGGAUUUGAAAUCUCUAAGAAGGAAAAAGGCUCUGGAGAUUACUCCUCAAUGGUAUCAGUACAAGAAGCAGGCUGACAACCUGUUGCAGUGGUUGGAUGACAUUGAGAAAAGGUUAGCCAAUCUGCCAGAACCCAAAGAUGUCCAGAAGAUGAAGGAGUUGGAUGCUGAACUGGAAGAGAAGAGAGGAGACCUGAUGGCAGUGUACAGACAAGCGCAGGGCCUGUCAAAGAGUGGAGCUGCCAAGGCACUGGAGUUGCAGGUUCUCCAGCUCAACAAACGCUGGAAUCACAUUGAGAGCAUAUUUGCUCAAUAUCGAAGAUUGAACUAUACACCAAUUCCAAAUAUUUUCGAAGAGAACAUUGUAACUGUGCUGAGUGAAGGGAUACUGCCUGAACCCUCUUAUGUGCCUUCCGCCUACCUGGCAGAGAUACGCCAGCUUCACCAAGCUGUGUGUGAUGUGGACGUUCUCCUCAACUCCCUUGAGCUCCAAGUCAAGGACUUUGAAGACUUCUCCAAGCAGGAUGCUUGUUUAAAGAACGUGAAAAGGCAAUUGGAGAAUCUCUCGAGCCCAGUGGCAUCAGUACACAGCCAGAAACCCGCGGCUCUACGGAGUGUCUCAUACAUGGAUAUUAACCAAAUACAUGACGCAGUGGCUGAGCUCGAUGACAAGUGGGAAGAUGUGAACAAGAAAUGCGUUGACCAACAAACGAGAUUUAAUAGAAAUGUGGAAAAAUGGCGCGCCUUCAACAGUGACCUGAAAGACUUUGCCAAGUGGUUGACAGAAGCAGAGAUGAUGCUGGCCGACGCCAGGAUGGACACUGAAAGUAUGGAUGCAGUGAGAACGAAACAAAGAGUCAAGGAACUACAGGAUGGAAUUGGAAGCCAGCAGGCUGCAGUCGCUGGUUUGAAUGUGACGGGAGAGGAGAUUAUUGGGCAGUCAUCAGCAGCUGACGGUUUCAUCCUCAAGGAGAAACUGAGCAAGCUAAACAGGCGUUGGCAGGAAAUCUGCAGACAGGUGGAUGAGAGAAAGAGAAGGUUGGAGGAGGAGAAGAAUAUUCUUUCAAAAUUACAGGAAGAUUUGAAUGAGUGUACCUGCUGGCUGGAAGAUGCGGAGAACACUUUGGGAUUAGUGCCUGACCCUGGAAAUGAGCAGCAGCUGAAAGGUUCACUGGAAAGCGUCAAGUUACGGCUGGAAGAAUUACCGACACGGAAAGGAAUAUUGAAGUGUUUAAAUGAGAGGGGAGAAGUAGCGCUCAAAAGCAAAUCUCUGGACCCAGAACAAUGCUUUAAAUUGGAUACUCAUCUCCUGCAGGUUAACAAUCGCUGGACAAAGGUCUCAAAAAAUCUGCCUGAUAAACAAAAAGAAAUAGAAGCAUCUUUGAAGGACUUGGCACUAUUUCAGCAGCAGCUGAACCUAUUGAGUCUUUGGGCUUCUACUACAAAGCAUCAGUUGGAAUCCUACAAGCAAGUACCAUUACCGGACAUCUUUGAUAUUAAGGAGACUGAGGAAGGAGUGCUAGCCAAACAGGCUGAUGUGGAAGGCGUAUUUUUCAAGGCACAGCAAUUCUAUAAGGAAAAACCGAUCUUACAACCAUUAAAGGGAAAAAUUGACAACCUAAAUUUUGACUGGAAGACAAUCAACAAAUUAUUGUUCGAAUUGAAACAAAGGCAUCAACCUGUUUCAACCACACUGCAAGCAGUUACCGUGGUGACAGAGAUGCCCGUUACCACGGAAACAUCCUUCACAAAGUUCGACAUGCCAUCUUCUUUGCUCAUGGAUGUCCCAGCUCUGGCUGACUUCAACAAGGCAUGGGUGGAACUGACCGACUGGCUUACAUUGCUGGAUAGGGUGAUCAAGUCUCAGCUUGUCACUGUGGGAGAUGUCGAAGAAAUCAAUGACAUGAUCAUAAAACAGAAGGCCACUCUGCAAGACUUGGAUCAAAAGCGCCCUCAGCUGGAUGAGCUGAUCACUGCAGCACAGAACCUGAAGAACAAGACAACCAACCAGGAAGCCCGAGCCAUCAUCACAGAUCGCAUUGAAAAGGUUCAGACCCAGUGGGAUGAGGUGCAAAGCCGCUUGCAGUCUCGCACCCAGCAGCUUCAGGAAAUGCUGAAGGAUUCCAACCAGUGGCUGGAAGCCAAGCAAGAGGCAGAGGGACUUCUGGAGAAAGCCAGAACUAAGCAGGGGUCCUGGAAGGAAAUGUCCUAUACCAUGGACAUACUAAUGAAGCAGAAUGCAGACAUCAAGCAAUUCGUCAGGGAGUUGCGUCAAUGGCAGAUACACGUGGACGUGGCUAAUGACCUCGCACGCAAGCUUCUACGGGAUUACUCAACAGACAACACCUCGAAGGUGGCAAUGAUGUCCGAUGGCAUUAACGUUUCAUGGGCGGCGGUUCUUAAAAGGGCCAGUGAGAGGGAGACUGCGGUGGAAGCGGCGCUCAGAUUGCUGCAGCAGUACUACCUGGAUUUGGACAAAUUCCGGGCCUGGCUCACAGAAGCAGAGACCACUGCCAAUGUCUUGCAGGAUGCCACCUAUAAAGAGAGGCUGUUGGACAACACCCAGCUGGUUCAGGAGCUGACAAAACAAUGGCAGGAUCUUCAGUCAGAAAUCGAUGCUCACACAGAUACUUAUCACAACUUGGACGAGAAUGGACAGAAAAUACUUAAAGGUCUGGAGGGCGCUGAGGAAGGGGUUUUACUCCAGAGGCAUCUUGACGACAUGAAUUUUCGUUGGACUGAACUCAGGAAAAAAUCACUGAACAUCAGAGCCUGCCUGGAAACUAAUGCUGAGCAGUGGAAGCGGUUGCAGAUUUCCCUCCAGGACUUAUUGACAUGGAUGAAUCUGAAGAACGACGAACUGAGGCGACAAAUGCCUAUUGGUGGUGACGUUCCCACAGUGCAUCAACAGAAUGAUGUCCACCGAACUUUCAAGCGGGAGCUGAAGGCAAAGGAGCCAGUGAUCAUGAGUGCAUUGGACACAGUCCAUUUGUUCUUGGCUGAUCAGUCAAUUCGAGGACCUGAAAGUCAUUUAUCUACACCAAAAGAAAAAUCACCUGAAGAGAAUGUGCAAAAUGUUGCCAGAGUCAUGCGGAAGUAUGCGGAGGAGGUGAAAGUGGAAUGGGACAAGCUGAGCGCCCGCUCUGGUGACUGGCAAAAGCGUAUCGACGAGGCCUUGAAGAAACUGCUGGAAUUGCAAGAUUCAAUGGACGAAUUGAACCUCAAAUUGAGACAGGCCGAAGCUAUCAAAGAUACAUGGCAACCUGUGGGGGAUCUGCUGAUAGACUCGUUGCAGGAUCACAUUGAAAAAGUCAAGGCUUUCAGAGCAGAAAUUGCUCCCAUGAAGGAGAAUGUGACCCACAUGAAUGAUCUCGCUUCCCAGCUCACGCCACCUGAUAUCCAACUCUCCCCAUACAGUUUAAACCAGCUGGAGGAUCUGAACACGCGGUGGAAACUCUUACAGGCACCCUGCGUUGAAGCUGAGGCCUCACCCACAUUACCCUGCUUCAGGCAGCAGCAGUCUUCCCCAUCUCUGGUGUCUAUAGAUGAACGUCUGAAACAGCUACAUGAGGCUCAUAGAGAUUUUGGACCCACAUCCCAGCACUUCCUGACAACUUCUGUCCAAGAUCCUUGGGAACGAGCAAUAUCACCCAACAAGGUCCCCUAUUACAUCAAUGCAAAGACUGUGAUCGGAAGUAAACUAAGGUCAUCAGACCACCAAACCCAGACCACCUGCUGGGAUCACCCCAAGAUGACGGAGCUGUACCAGUCACUCGCUGAUCUAAAUAACGUCAGGUUUUCUGCAUACAGAACUGCCAUGAAACUACGAAGACUGCAGAAAGCUCUUUGCUUGGAUCUUCUCUCCUUGCCAAGUGCUUGUGAGGCCUUUGACCAGCACAAUUUGAAGCAAAAUGAUCAACUGAUGGAUAUUCUGGAAAUAAUCAACUGCUUGACUUCAAUCUAUGAUCGUCUGGAGCAGGAACACAGCAACCUUGUCAAUGUGCCUCUUUGCGUAGACAUGUGUCUUAACUGGCUCCUCAAUGUUUAUGACAGUGGUCGAACGGGGAAGAUUCGCGUCCUGUCCUUUAAAAGUGGAAUCCUGUCUCUGUGCAAAGCACACCUGGAGGACAAAUACCGCUAUCUGUUCAAGCAAGUGGCGAGUCCCACUGGAUUCUGUGACCAGCGUAGGCUCGGCCUUCUACUACAUGACGCAAUUCAGAUUCCUCGCCAGCUGGGAGAGGUUGCAUCCUUUGGAGGCAGCAACAUUGAACCCAGUGUUCGCAGCUGCUUCCAGUUUGCCAACAAUAAGCCUGAGAUUGAGGCAGCUUUGUUCCUGGAUUGGAUGAGGCUGGAGCCUCAGUCGAUGGUCUGGAUGCCCGUCCUCCACAGAGUGGCUGCUGCCGAGACGGCCAAGCACCAGGCCAAGUGCAAUAUUUGUAAAGAAUGUCCCAUCAUUGGAUUCAGAUACCGCAGCUUAAAGCACUUUAAUUAUGACGUCUGCCAAAGUUGCUUUUUUUCCGGUCGAACAGCGAAAGGUCAUAAAAUGCAUUACCCGAUGGUAGAAUAUUGCACACCGACAACUUCAGGAGAAGAUGUCCGAGAUUUUGCCAAGGUAUUAAAAAACAAGUUUCGAACAAAGAGGUACUUCGCAAAGCAUCCCCGGAUGGGAUAUCUGCCAGUGCAGACAGUUCUGGAGGGGGAUAACUUGGAAACUCCUGUUACUCUGAUCAACUUCUGGCCAGUAGAUUAUGAACCUGCCUCAUCCCCUCAGUUGUCACACGACGAUACUCAUUCACGAAUUGAACAUUAUGCUAGCAGGCUAGCAGAAAUGGAAAACAGAAAUGGAACUUAUUUGAAUGACAGCAUCUCACCCAAUGAAAGCAUAGAUGAUGAGCAUCUGCUGAUCCAGCACUACUGCCAGAGUCUGAACCAGGAGUCACCAGUGAGUCAGCCUCGGAGCCCCGCUCAAAUCCUCAUCUCCUUGGAGAGCGAAGAGAGGGGAGAGCUGGAAAGAAUCCUCGCUGACCUGGAGGAUGAAAACAGGAACCUUCAGUCUGAGUACGAGAGGCUGAAGCAGCAACAUGAAAACAAGGGCCUGUCUCCUUUGCCAUCCCCUCCAGAGAUGAUGCCCAUUUCACCACAGAGUCCCAGGGAUGCCGAGCUCAUCGCUGAAGCCAAACUGCUUCGUCAGCACAAAGGUCGCCUCGAGGCCAGGAUGCAGAUCCUGGAAGAUCACAACAAGCAGUUGGAAUCGCAGCUCCACAGACUGAGGCAGCUUCUGGAACAGCCACAGGCAGAAGUCAGAGUCAAUGGUACGACAGUCUCCUCUCCCUCCACUUCCUCACAAAGAUCAGACAGCAGCCAGCCGGUGCUACUGCAUGGAGUUGGAAGUCAGACUUCAGGAAUAAUGGGUGAAGAUGAUUUGUUGAGUCCUCCCCAGGGUAGCAGCACUGGAUUGGAAGAUGUAAUGGAGCAACUCAACAAUUCCUUUCCAAGCUCUCGGAGGAGGGAUGCCCCUGGAAAGAAAGUGAAAGAGGUAACAAUGUAGGCAGCCUCUUCCAUAUGGUGGACGAUCUUGGCCGAGCAAUGGAAACCUUGGUGACGGUCAUGACGGAUGAUGAGGUGGCAGAGUAACCAGAUGUGCUUUAUAACAACAUUGGCUUCAGAUGUCAAGCAUGAUUUUUAUAUGUUCAUACAAAAUAUAAAUGGAUUGAACCGUACAGGUUUACAAGCUAAAAAAAAGAAAACAUCUAUUUUUUUGUGAAAGGUAGUGGUAAUAUACUGUAGAUUUCAGUAGUUUCCUAAGUCUGUUAUUGUUUUGUUAACAAUGGCAGGUUUUACAGUUCUAUGCAAUUGUACAAAAAAAAAAGAGUGAAAACAUAUAAAAUCUUGGUAGCUACAUACCUUGCCAUUUCUUUGUAUGGAACGUGUUUCGGAUUGUUAAAUUUGUAACAAUAAUGAAGAUUGUUCACUAAAAGGGUGCUUUCUAACGAAUAAUACAUAAUUUUAUUGUUUAUAAUCCCCCAUCCCGAGAACAAGACAAUUUUGAAAUAGUAGGAGGUAAUGCGUUUGUCUUUGCAACAUUUCAGCUAUAAUCAAAUAAGAAAAGAUAUUCACGAUCAGUGUUAAUCUUUAUUUUUCUUCUCAAUCAGUGAAAAUAUUGUAGCACAUAGCAGAACCAAAACUCUUUACCUGACGACUCCAUCUUUUGAAUGAAAUGCCAGGAAUGAAUUGCUGCAUCUCCCAAGAAAUCUCCAUCAUUCGAGUAUACUCAUCAUUUAUUGGAGAGAUCUUCUUUGUUUGGCAUUAGAUACCUUUAUCUACAAAAAAAAGUCUAUAACAAUCAUGUUAAUUCUACCUCAUUGUUUUGUUUUGGCUAAAUUUUACCACCAUUUUAGUUGUCGUUUGAAACAGGAAUUCUUCGACUCAUGAGUUAGAUGCAUAGAAUUUGCCAAUGGAUUUCUGAAACCAAUCACAUACAAAGCCUCUUCCACAUUGGCAGUAAUUUUCAAGACCAUUUGUGGCUGUUUGGAGUUACAUUAUCUUUCUAAUGCACCCUCAAAUCGACUUUUUUAAGGUGUCAUCCGUUUUCUAAUCCAUUUAAAUAAGGUACAAAUUAAGGGUUAGUUUACCACAGAUGUUGCUGCUAAAAUAGGUAUUUGCUUGCAGCAACUGUGUUCUCAGUUGUGAUUUCAUUAAAUAGAAUAUUAGUUUUUGGGGUGAGUCAAAAAAAACAGAUGCAAUAUCUGAAUUACUUAAAAAAAUAUCAUGAAGCAUUUGAGUUCACUUUGUAUGACCUGAAUGUAUUUGACAAUGGAAGUAAUCAGCAUAAUUUGGUGCAUAAUUAUCACUAUGGCAUGUUAUGUCAUUUUAACCAGUAUUGUUUGUUAUUCAAAUAUCAUCAUAAUAUAUUGCAUUAUACAUUACAUUAACAUCUUCAAUACAAUACUAAUUGUUUUGUAAAGUAUAUUUUCCUUCAUAAUCACCACAUAUCAAAUUCCACACAAUAUAUGCCUUACUAUUGUAUUAUAUAUUGCUUUACUGUGUAUACAAUUAAAGCACGCAGUUAUAUUACUUA